GGAAGAUGCGCAGGAUAACAACAUAAAUACAUCGCUGUUUAAGCCCGCAGUCUCCACGGUGUAGUUUAUGCCCGCAGUGCAUUCGCCCCUCUCCGCCGAUGCUUAGGACGCAACACCAUGAAGUUGUUCCUUGUUCAGACGCUGUUGGUGACCUUGUCUGCGGCCUCUGAGGACUUUGACCUCACGCUCUUUUGCUGCCCAACCAACGACCGAAUUCUGACGGAGCUCCAGAAAGUGCAAGCCAUCGACGAUAAACUGGCUACCUUAACUUCGACAAUUAGGAGACUCCAAGAAGCAAUGACGAAACAACACACAGCCGUUAUCCACCAAGUCGAAAUCACACGCAGGCAGGUGGAGGAACUGACCACGAAGAUCGAGCAGAUGGACACGAGGCGAGAGGAGAGUGAUCGCCAAAUGGCAGAGUUCAUGGCUGGGACUGAAGAUUACCUGGCGACUGUAGCAUCCAGAUUUCAAGAGUUGCUGGAAAUUCUGGAGAAACAAUACAAAGCCUCCGGUCGCAGCCGCCAGGAGCUCGAGAAGAAGGUCGACAUCUUAGAUAUCAUCCAGCGACAAACAGCCAUGGACAUCUACACGCUCAUGACAGACGUGGACGAGUGCCUGCUCGGGAAUGCCACGUGCCACCCGAGCGCCAACUGCAUCAACGUCGCCGGCAGCUUCCUUUGCCUGUGUGACGGAGGGCACGUCGGGGGGGGCGACCUCCCCUGCGUCGACGUCGACGAGUGCGCGGAGGGAUCGAGCGACUGCCACGAGAACGCCACCUGCACCAACCUCAAGGGCGGCUUCAACUGCACGUGUCUGCCAGGGUUCGAGGGGGAUGGCAGGACGUGUGUAGAUGUUGACGAGUGCAGGAAUGGCAGUCACUCUUGUCACCACCACGCCCUCUGUACCAACACAGGGGGAGGCUACGUCUGCACUUGCUACCGAGGCUACACUGGCGACGGAUUCAACUGCACCGACCCCCUGUGCGAGGAGCCCUUCCACUCGACCCUGGGCGAGUGCUUCCACUUCCUCGACGGGUACUAUAGCUGGGACGAGGCGAGAACUGCCUGCAAGAAAUUGGGAGAGGAAUCUGAUCUCCCCGUGACCUUUGACCUUGCUCAGCCCAGGAAUCUCUCGACUUUCAGGAAUUUCAUUGAGGAAAGAGCCCCGGGCGUGGAGGAGCUGGCCUGGCUCGGAGCCGUCUUCCACACCCUCAAGUGGCGUUGGAUCUCGGGCAGCCUCGUCGACAGCGAAGCGUGGCCUUUGCUGAACGACGAGCGAGGAGGGUGUGCCGCCUACGUGCCUUUCGCCGGCAGUGCCAGGAGCAUUCAGUGCCACUUCAGGAUCCACGCCGUGUGCGAGCGGGUGCAGCAGUACUACUGAAGGUGGAAUGGGGUAGGUGGUUGGCAAGGGGGUAGGUGGAAGCUCGCUCUCUCCUUCUCCAUCUCUGUCUCUCUUUAUUUCUUUCAACGAUAGAUAGAACAGCUUGUGACGCAGAGAAGAGAAAAAGAAGGAAUGAGACGAAAGAAGAGGGCGAAAAACAAACAAACGAAAGAGGAAGAAGAGACAGCACCAAACAAAGUGAAAAUAACCUCA